AUGUCCACCAAACUCUCGCAAAUGGAGCAUAUCCCCAAGCGACCCGACACCUCGGAGGUCAAGUACGUCCUCGAGUUCUUCAAAAUUGUAGACGAGAUCCUCGUCAACGCGGCGGUUCAUAAGAUCAACGACCCGAGCAUGGUCAUCAUCAAGGUGACGAUAGACAUUGAGAACAAUAUGAUCUCGGUGUGCAACAACGGAAGAGGUAUUCCAAUCGAGAUACACUCGGAGGAAACGAUCUACAUCCCCGAACUCAUCUUCGGCCACCUCUCCUCAUCCGAAGAUGACGGCAAAGGGAAGAAGCUCACAGGUGGUCGCAAUGGUGACGGAGCGACGCUGGCGAACAUAUACUCGACCGAGUUCACUGUGGAGACGGUGGACAAGAUCACGAGCCAGAAGUACGUGCAGACGUGGACGGAGAACAUGAACAAGGUGGGCAAGGCGAAGAUCACGAAGAACGAGCGUGGGGAGGAGUACACGCGCGUCACGUUCAAGUCCGACCUGAAACGAUGUGGGAUGAAGUCCAUCGACGAUGACGCCGCCUCGCUCCUGGAGAAGCGCGUGUACGACUUGGCGGGCACGGUCAAGGACGUGAAAGUGUUCCUCAACGAGGAACAGCUGAAGAUCAAGAACUUUAAGGAGUACGUCGAGCUGUUCGUGAAAUCCUCCGCCGAGGCCGCGGCGAAUGACACAGACGGAGCGGCGCAACUCGAGACAUGCGUCAUACACGAGUCGCUGGCUGGGGGGCGAUGGGAGGUCGCGUGCGCAGCGUCAGACGGGGCGUUCCAGCAGGUAUCGUUCGUAAAUCUGAUCUCGACGUCCAAGGGCGGGACGCACGUGAACCACAUCGCGGACCAGAUCACGGAACAUCUCGUUACUGCGGUCGCGAAGAACAUGGCCGCGGCGGCGGCGAGGCCGGCGCAGAUCAAGAACCACAUGUGGAUAUUUAACCCGACGUUCGACUCGCAGGCGAAGGAGACGCUGACGCUGCCCGCGAGCAAGUUUGGGUCGGAGCCGAGACUUUCGGAAGUCUUUAUGGAGAAGGUCGCCAAGUCUUCCAUCGUCGACCAUGUCCUGAACUGGGCGGAAUUGAAGGCAGACCGACGGCCUAAGAAAACUGACGGUAGUCAGAGGUCUAGGUUGGUCAAAUCGUCGUAA